AUGAGUUCAUCCACCAGGCCGGUCGGGAAUGCGUCUCCCAGGCAGCAGCAUAUGGGAGGUCACUGGAGUGGUGCUAAUCCCAUUCCGACGGUCCAGAAGUUUAUUGACAAUCUCGACAAGGAGAAGAAAGAGCGAGACCUCUUGAUUGACGAGGAAGAGCAAAAUAGAAUUCUACAAGCGACAAAGGAAAAGGGCGUGACCUCUCAUAAAUCUCACAAAGUCCCCAAGGAUAAGAUCCAUAACGUUACCGAUCCUGUCACUGGCAAGGAAAUAGGCGUGCAGGAUCUAGAUCAGUCGGCGAUGGAAGCUGCCAAAAACCCAAAGCUGAGCGUCCCUAAUGCAAAUCUUGGAAGAUCAACCGACAUUAAAACAAGCCACGAUCAACCUCUACCUGAGUAUAAGGAGAAACAGGACAUCACAGCACCCCCAGAUCCUAUUGCGGAUGGCACAACGUCAGAUGUCCCUAUUCGUGGAGAGAAGACAAAUAUUCUCUUCCAUCCUACACCAACGGUCACAUUUCAACCUAUGUACGAUCAUCUGGAAAAGCAAGCCAUAGGAGUAUGUAUUGGUAUACCAAUUGCCAUCAUAGUAUUCGGAAAGUUUUUUGGCAGCCCUCUAUGGGGGCUCAUUCCCCUUGCUGCAUGCAUUACGAGUGGUGUGUGGCUCUGGAUGCACGAGAUUAUACGAAGUGGGAAGGAUAUGGAAUGGAGUAGUGAGGAACUUCGUGGGAAAACAGCUACUGCAAACCUCCUACCAGAGUCAGUGGAGUGGAUGAACUCUUUUCUCAGCGUUGUAUGGGGCCUUAUGAACCCAGAGAUGCUGGCGCCCAUUGCCGAUACAAUUGAAGACAUUAUGCAAGCAUCAGCACCCACGGUUGUCGAGAAUGUCCGAAUUGCAGAAAUUGACCAGGGUAACAAUGCCCUCCGUAUUCUGAGCAUGCGUUCUCUCCCAGAUGAUCAUGUCCAGAACCUCAAGGACAACAUUCACGAGGAGAACAUGCGUAACAAAGACCCCCAGGAAGCUGCUGCUGCCGAAGAGGGAGGCAGUUAUUACAAUAUGGAGGCCGCUUUUGCUUACCACGCCAAACCAUCCGGUCAGAGUGCUUCUUCCAAGGCACGAAACAUGCAUAUGCAGAUGGUGUUUUAUCUAGGCAUCCGGGGCUUGUUCGGUGUGCCCUUUCCCAUAUUUGUUGAACUGACUGAGCUCGUUGGUACAGUCCGUCUUCGUUUCCAAAUGACACCCGAGCCACCGUUCAUGAAGGAAGUCACAUUUACCUUGGUGGGCAUUCCACAUGUGCGAGCUGGCUGCAUGCCCAUGUUCAAGACGGGGAUCAACGUUCUUAACCUUCCUUUGAUCUCAAACUUUGUCAACUAUGCCAUUAGCACUGCCUGCUCUAUGUUUGCCGCGCCGAAGUCCAUGACAAUGGAUCUCGGCAUGAUGCUGUCGGGCGAUGAUAUUGACAAGGAUACUUCUGCUCUAGGAGUCAUGUGGAUUCGAAUUCAUCGUGCCAUCGGUCUGAGCAAGCAAGAUCGCCGCGGCAGCGACGGUGGUGGUAGUGACCCAUAUAUCAACCUCUCCUUCUCAAAAUAUGGAAAGCCCAUGUAUUGUACUCGAGUCAUCUGUGAUGACCUGAAUCCAAUCUGGGAGGAGACUGCAGCACUUCUGGUAACGCCCGAGCUGAUCAAAGCGAAUGAGAACUUGAGCGUCGAGCUCUGGGACUCGGACCGCAACACUGCGGACGACAUUGUCGGGAAGGUGGAACUCCCUAUUCGGGAGAUGCUCCAGCACCCGGGGCGUAUGUAUCCGCAGAUCUCGAAACUGCAAGGGCUGGACGAAGGCAGUGAAAUGCCAGGUCAAUUGCACUGGGAAGUCGGAUACUUUGGAAAGCCAAAGCUGCGACCCGAGCUGCGCACAGAUGGCAAGCAGCAUGAUCUCCCUGAGAAUCUAAAGGGUAACCCCACAUUUGAGGAUGAUAAGGGCGUUAUCAAUAACGACGAAGAGGACGCUGUUGCACACACCCCGCCUGACCCUCUCUGGCCCAGUGGAAUUCUUCAUGUCGUCGUGCACCAGAUCGUGAACCUCCAGCUUGAAAAUAUCAAGGGAAGCGAUGGAAACCGCAAGGGCAAGGAAUAUGAGCCGGCGAAACCAUUCGGAGAGAACACAGAGGAAGAAGGUGGUAACUUGCCUACCAGUUAUUGCAAGAUCAUGAUUAAUGAUCAAUUGGUCUACCGCACAAGAGCGAAAGCCGUUAGCUCUAAGCCAAUCUUCAAUGCUGGGACUGAACGCUUUGUCCGUGACUGGAGGUCCGCCGUUGUAACAGUCACUGUACGUGAUCAACGUUACCGCGAGCACGACCCCAUCCUGGGCGUUGUCCCAAUCAAGAUAUCGGAUCUCUUCCAGACAAGCUCCCAAGUCACUCGAUGGUAUCCGCUUGACGGAGGUAUUGGCUUUGGUCGAGUCCGUAUCUCCGUUUUGCUCCGACACGUCGAGACCAAGCUGCCUCCCAACAUGCUUGGCUGGGAUGUUGGAACAUUCGAGUUCCAAGGGGAGAAGGUUGUUGCAAAGAACUAUGGUCGAGUGGCAAAGAUCAAGCUGCGCACUGGUGGCAGCACAAACAAACUCUCUCGCCGCUCGUGCCAGCUAGAAGGCAACGAUUUAGUCUACGAUACAUCAGAUGAGAGCUUCCGCGAUGCCCUCCGCAUGCCAGUGAAGCAUCGGUAUCGCUCACCGGUUAUCUUCGAGUUCCACAUCAAGGGCAAGCGGGGCGCAGCCGCGUACGCAAUCGUGUGGCUGCAGCAUCUGGUUGACAACGAAGAAACCGAAAUCGACAUCCCGAUCUGGACUACCAAGGCCGGAGCCCGCCUGACGCAAAACUACAUCACAGAAGAAAACUGGCGUGCAAAGGAAGUUCCAGGCCUCCAGGACCUAGAGGAGGUUGGCCGACUUCAGUUCCGAUGUAAGUUCUCGCCGGGCAUUGACGAGUCGCACGAGCAGUUUGUCGUGGACAACGACUCGCGUGAGACCUUCGAGACAUGGGAAGCCUGCAUGGCAGAAGGCGUGCGAACUCGCACUGUCUCAAUCGAUAUUCCAGAAGAGGUGCAAGCCAAGCACGAACAGUCUCUCAUCGACGGCCGCGACGUGCUCAAGCAAGCCGAUCCCUCUGAACGCCGCCGCUGGAUCGAUCGCGAAGGCACAGAUUGGAGCGGUGCAUUCGGACAAGAUCCGCGCGCCUACACGGAUGGAAAAGGUCGAAAGAUCGCAGAACCUGGCAAAGACAAACCGGCCCAUGAUCCUAUCACACCACCGCCAUUACAUGGCUUGUCUACCAGCGCGGCGAACUCGCCAGCUGGACAUUAUGAGGGCGAAUAUGACGACACUGACGACUCCACUGAGGAGUCGGAACUGUCAUCCCCCCGACUGUCGACCUUUAGUGGAGGCAGUGCAGGUGCAUCCUCGUCGAUGGCUAGCGGCAGCAUGUCAAGCAAAGCGAACAAACGUACUGAGCAGCGACAGGAGCGGGGGAUGAUGCAGUGGCGUCCUGCACGCAAUGCACUUUUUGCAAAGAAUGAAGCCAAGUUCGCGCUUAGAAAGCUUAAGAAGAAGAUUGGGGCUGGGGAUUUGACGGGUCGUGAGCCCGAUAUUGAGACGGAGACUUGA